AUGGGAUCACUGGCAACCCAUUUCUCGACGUUUCUGUUCAUCUUCCCAGUUGGAUUUCGUCGCUUGUAUUCCUCUUUCUCUCUAUUCCUCAAAGAUCCUUCUCUUUACCGCUCAAAACCUUGGUUUCUCAUCGACCCCAAAUGGAAAAAUUUUGACCUUUAUGCCCUCCUAAUUGCCCUACCCAUUGCUGCUUUAUCUGACCUCUUUCUUUUUCUCUCAUUUUCAGGCCACCCCUCUUACAGAUUUUCCUUUCUUCAACAUGGGGCUGUCAUUUUCUUCUUCUGGGUACUUUUAAUUCUCAUUUGUUUGAGAGAAAUUCAUGAUUUUGUGUGUAUUAAUGAGAGUUUUUUGUUUCUUUUAUCUGGGGUUUUCUUUUUGAUUGAUUAUUUCAUCAAUGGCAAUGGUUUUAUUGGUGUGAGCGGCAAUGGUUUUACUGGCGUUAGCAGCAAUGUGUAUGAUUUGCUUGGUAAUUUAACCUUAAUCUGUGCCUUUUCUUGCUUGUAUUUGUCGAUUCGGCCUACCGCCUUUUUAGCUGAUUUUUUCCUGUCUAGUGGGAUGAUUUUUAAAGGGACUUGGGUUUUGCAAGCUGGGUUGAAUUUGUAUACUUCUACAUUUGGGUUGAAAGGUUGUAAGGAGGUGUCAUUGUUGCCUAAUCAAAUGAAUGUUGAUGUUAAAUGUGAUCUUGAUGAGGAUAGCUUGAGGGGUAUUGCAUUGAUGAAGUUGUUGUUUGUGUGGCAUGCCAUUGUGGUUAUCAUUGCUUGUCUUGGGUUGCUUGGAUUGUUGUCAUGUAAGGAGAAUUUGAGAUGCGGCGAGGGCAGUGGACCGUUGUUGGCGAAAAUUGAGUCUCACAGUUUGUCAAUGCAGCAGCUUCCUGAAUUUGAGCUGGAAGGUAGUGUACGAGAAUGGAGCACUGUUUGUGAGUUGUUACUGGAAGUAUUGAAUCAUGUUAAGAAGUAUUGUGGAGAGUACCAGAAGCUGCUUGGUGUGCUUGCAGCUGUGGUAAUCAGUCAGCCUCUGCCCAUUAACAAGCUGCUAACUGGUCUUUGUGCACCCAUAAUUUACUGA